AUGUCCACUCUGAAGGAAGAAAAGGGAGGAAGGGCGGUAAGCAGUGAGUCCAUGCUCCCUUAUUAUACAGCAGCCAGCGGUCGAGCUGUGGGCAUGUUCAACACCUCCAUGGGGGAGCUGCAGAAGCAGCUGUACAAGGGGGAGUAUGAUGCCUUCAAGUAUGCCCCAAUGUUCGAGAGCGACUUCAUUCAGAUCAGCAAGAGAGGGGAGGUGAUCGAUGUGCAUAACCGGGUACGCAUGGUGACCGUGGGCAUCGUAUCCACCAGCCCCAUCCUCCCUUUGCCCAAUGUCAUGCUGCUGGCCCGGCCUGUCUCAUACAUUGAGGAUCAGCCCACUCUGGAGGGCAGCAGCUACAAACGCAAAAUGCGCGCGGCUCCUCACCCUUCAAAUACCCUGGAGCUGACCAGGCUACUCCCUUUGAAGUUUGUGAAGAUCUCUGUUCACGACCGUGAGAAGCAGCAGCUCCGGCUGAAGCUGGCCAGCGGGCGGUCAUUCUACCUCCAGCUCUGCCCGCCCUCAGAUGCCCGAGAAGACCUCUUUUCCUAUUGGGAGAAGCUGAUCUACCUCCUGAGGCCACCCAUCGAGGGCUACAGCAGCACCCAUGCCAUACCUGCUGGAGAUGGCCUUGAAGCUCCUGUUUUCAUGGCUGAAGAUAAAUCUCCGUCGCAGGAACCAAUUAUUCUACAUAGCGAAGGAGAGCAGGAUAAAGUGAGUAUCAAGAGUCUUCACAUGGGGCCCGAGGCCUCUAUUCGGGAAAAGCCAGAAGUCAUCAUGGCAACUGCUGCAGCAGGGGAGGGCUUUCGUGGCACAGGAAUUGACUCAGAAAAGGACUUGGCAACCCGGCACUACACCAUCAAGGGGGUGCCUAGUAUGUCACCCCCCAGCACACCAUCUGUCCCAAGCAUUGCGAUGGGAGCUGCUGCCAGCAGGGGCCCUGCAAGCAAGGCUAUAGUUGGGAUCCCCCUGGGCAUGGGGACAGCCGCCGCAGGCACUCAGGGGCCAGGCAUGAGUGUAGCCCUGGCUGGGACUGCAACUGGCCUGACAAAAGAGGGCAUGUCUCCUGCCGGUAUGAGUCUAGCACUGGCUGGAGCUGCCAGCAUGUCCGGAGACUCACUGAGUGGGACCAUAGCAGGCACUACCAGUGGACAUGAAGUCAUAGCCAUAGCAGGUGUGGGAGCCAUCACCACAAUGGGGACCAAUAACCCCCUUGUUUCAACCUUACAGAGUGAGGGCUACAUGAGUGAGCGAGAUGGAAGCCAGAGGGUGACCCCAAGCAGCCCAGAGACAUCCAAGGAAAGGAUAGUCUUGGCCCGGAGGCACUCCCGGCAAAGAGAAAGGGGCCACAGAAGGGGUGAGAGGGCAUCUAGCACUGGCCAGAAGACAUCCCGGAGAGGCAUGUCUUCCAAGGAGACUCAGAAAUCUAGCCACCGGUCCAGGGGAGGCCGUCACAGCCCCUCUGCCCACAAAGCCUCCACCCAUAGCCCAAACUUGAAGAAUUCCAGGACCUCUCAUAAAAUGGGGAAGAAUAAGACUUCAGCCAGCACACCACCUGCUGCCCCACCUAAGAAACCCAGCCGUAUUGCCUCCUUCUUGCGCAACUUCUCCCGCUCCCACAGUAUCCCGACCUCCAAGAGCACUUCAGUCCUCACCAGCAUGGAGGACACGGUGGAGACCUCCAAGGCCUCAGCCACUGAGAUCUCCUUGAGCACCACCAUCGUGGAGAAUGCAGAGAUGAUGGAUAUGGAGACUAUCACACAGCUGGUGUCACAGGCAGAGGAGGAUGACCAGGAGCUGGUCCUGAUGAUGGACACAAAGGGUGGCCCCCAACGGCUUACACCAACCCUUCUCAUCCCCUCUGCACCCCGGCGUUAG